CUAGAUUUGUCUCUCGCUUAGAGCACUAAAAAACUCUAGUUCUCAACUUGCAGAUAAUGGAUUAUGCAUCUCUGCCACAUUUUUGUAAAAGAGAAGGCUCGGGUUCAUCUAAGCAUUCUAGAAAUGGUACAAAUGAUAAUUGUUUCUCGUUGGAUCAUGCCUUUCAUCAGCAGCUCUAUGAUUAUAUUAAGCAACAAGCUGAAGCAUUGGAGGCUGUUGCACCAAGCAAAGAAGGGUCUGUCCAUGUGACCUUACCUGAGCCAGAUCCAGACGAUGCGAAGAUUGCUGAAACAAUAGAAUCUGAAUUUCAGAGGAUCAGGAAGAAAAACGGAAUUUGUCAAUCAUUUCAUGAAAUUAAGAUCAAUGGUGAUUGAAGCAGAAUGGAAAUGAAUUUGCAUAUUGGCUGAUUCACAGUAGUAUUGGUUAUUGCUUAUUCUGAAUCCGGCUUUUACAUGAGGAGAGGAUUUAAGUAAGCAUUGUAAUACUAAUGGCUUGCAUCAUCUCGAUGCAGGAUUUAGAUAGAACCUAAGUUGUAACAUGGCAUUACUACCUUGGAGUGGACUAUAUGGAUGGUCAAAAAUGCUUAAAGAAUUCCACGAAGGAAUUUUACGCGCAUUUUGCUUAAUUGAUCUGCUUUUUUCUGCUGCUUUCGAGAUUCCUGAAUCUUCUCAAGAUAGAAUAAACUUUCUUCUUGUUGAAGGACUGUAAAGGAAGGGGAGAAAAAGCAGAAACUAUGAUAAAAUAAAAAUGGCCAGAGGAACUUUUCCUGUC